AUGGUGCUUCGCAUGCUCUGGAACAUCGGCUCAGGCCUCGUGCACGGUGUUCUGCAUAAGAACCCGCGAUCUGGUCUUGCUGGACUGCACUACCCGGCAGUGUGGAGAGCUCGCUCUGGGUUCAUGGACUGCGAUGUGAAUUUGCACUUGAACAAUUCGGCGUAUCUCUUCAGCAUGGAACUCGCUCGCUGGCAUUUCACUGCAUCAAAUGGCGUCUUGUGGCAAGCGUUGAAGCAUCGACGCAUGUUCCUUGCUGCCUCACAAGCCAUUCGCUACCGUCAUGCUAUCCCUCCGUUUCACGCGUACGAGAUCAAGACGCAAUUGGUUUACUGGGAUGGCCCGUGGAUCUUUUUCUUGCACCAGUUCCAGGACCCCAGCACGGGCAAGCAAUUUGCAGAGGGACUGUGUCGUGUCAUGGUCAAGCAAAGUGGGGAAGGCGUGUCAUUUGAUAAGAUGAUCUCGGAAGUGUACGAUGGGCCAAUUCCUCCUCAACCUGAAGUACCUGACGUUGUCAAAGGAUUUCUUGAGUGGGAUACUGCCAGCCGCUCGAGUAUGGAGACUGCUCGUGAGACGGAGACAGCCAACAUCAACAGUAACCCGUCGCCGUCGAAGCCGGAAAAGUUUUGGGAUCACAUUUGGAUGGAGAUGCAGCGUUCAAUGAACCGGCCAUAG